UCGAGCCUGGUCCCCUUGGUUUGGUUUCUUCAGCAACGACAACAGGACGGCCGAUGGAUCGAUCUUUCGGCCAUCGGCUCUCCGGGCCUGUUUGGUGUUUUUGGUGUUGUGUUGCUCAGGGGAGCAAGAUGGCGGCGGGAGCGGCGGCAGGAGCGGUUUUGCCCGGAGCCGCCCCGCUGGGGAAGGGGCUGGACAUCAGCCUGGCGGCUCUGCAGCGGCACGACCCUUACAUCAGCAGCAUCGUGGACGUGGCCAGCCAGGUGGCGCUCUACACCUUCGGCCACCGCGCCAGCGAGUGGGAAAAAACUGAUGUGGAAGGAACACUGUUUGUUUACACAAGCUUCACCGAAGUAUGGAUUCACCAUUAUGAACAGACUGAGCAUGGAAAACCGGACCGAACCCAUAACUAAAGACCUGGACUUCCAGCUACAAGACCCUUUCCUUCUAUAUAGAAAUGCCAGAUUGUCCAUUUAUGGAAUUUGGUUUUACGAUAAAGAAGAAUGCCAAAGAAUUGCCGAGCUCAUGAAAAAUUUAACUCAGCAAGAACAGCUGAAAGCACAGCAGGGAACCAUCAUGGGAAUUUCUCCAGUAAGCCUGAAUUCAGGUGAUAGCAAAGAAGUGGAUAUCCUGCGGAUGCUCACUAAAGCCAAAGACGAAUAUACCAAGUGCAAGACGUGUUCAGAACCCAAGCAAAUCACCAGCUCUUCUGCAAUAUACAACAACCCCAACUUGAUAAAACCGAUACCAGUGAAGCCCAGUGAAACUCCUCACCAAUGUGCAUCCCAGCAGAACCAGGUUUGCAAAACGGAUCCGGAACCGCAUCAUUUGUCCCUGACAACACUCUUUGGGAAACUGGAAAAAUCUAGUGCAUGCCAAGAUGUCCCAGACUUGUCACAGAAGCUUCCUCCCAGACAGAGAGUUGUCCGUUCCUUGUCCUACGAGGAGCCGGGCAGGCAUUCACCCUCCACGGAGAAGCAGCUUUGCCCGGCCAUUCAGAAACUCAUGGUGCGCGGUGGGGCCGAGCUGCACCCGGUCUCAGAACUCCCUGAGAGCCGACUCUGUGAGAACGGCGGCAAGGUUUUCACUGGACUCUUCCAGCCCGUGGCUCCUCAUGGUGUCGGUGCAGCAUCUCAUCUGGUCCACAAUGCAGCCACCACACAGAGCUUGCUGCAGCAACUGCAGGGUCAGCCAGGGCAGGUGGCUAAAAUGGAGGCCAGCAACUCUGUACCACCAUGUCCGCCUGCAUCACUCUUCAGCCGGACUGCUCCUGCGUCCUCAGUCCCCCAAGUCAAGAGUACAACCCAGGCACCUAUGUUAUAUUUCAAUGGUUCCCUCCCAGGUCAGACAUUGGGGUCUCCUCCAGCCCUUGGAAAGGAACAGUCAAAACUUCCUAAGCAGCCUCUUCCUCUCUCCGGAAACCCACCAGGAAGUUCUGGAGUAAUUUCCCCACAAGAGUUGCUUAAAAAACUCCAAAUAGUGCAGCAGGAGCAACAGUUACAUGUCUCCAGUCGACCAACCUUGGCAGCUAAGUUUCCUGUGGUUACCCAAAGCGGCCCCUCUCUGAAACCUUUGGAUUCCUGGAUCGACAAAGCUUCAAACACCGAAAAGCAGCUUCCUCUUUUUCAGCAGGUCAUCUCACCGCAGCGGAUCCCUGCAACCGUAGCUCCUUCGCUCCUAAUGUCCCCAAUGGUCUUCAGCCAGUCAGGCCCGGCUCCACCAAAACCAAAUGAAAGCGGCUGGCUGCCAGUUGUGAACCACGAAACCAUUCCCGGUUCAGCAAACCUUCUUCUGCCUCUGCAGAACCCAGAACCUCCGGCUGGAAACCUAAGUCCACUGACAAAGCUGCAGCUACAGGAAACGCUUCUUCAUCUGAUUCGGAAUGACGACAAUUUCCUAAACAUCAUCUAUGACGCUUACGUUGCCAAAUCGAGAAGAGAAGACUCGAAAAAACCUCUGUGAAGCAUAUAAUUUUUAAUCCGAAGUCUGUCCUCCACUUGCCUUUUUAAAACAAUGGGAGACAUGGGAAACAAGAAGCCCUUGAUGUCCUGCAAACUUUUAAAUGAUGCUUAUUGACAAGCGGGUGACGAUUUUAAUGGACGGAAACUGAUAGUGCCUUCCUGGAGCUGGGACUGGGCCACAAAUUUGAAUUUCCUUGUGCUGUUUUUUCUUACUUGGACUCUGUGUCAGAUGGCCUACAUUUUGAUAUUUUGUCAUUAGCGUUCUGAUUCAUUCGAUGGGUUUCCUUUAAAAUAUAUGUCGGGCAUUGGCUACAUGGGUACUUUGCUGGGAUUUUUUUCCUCCCUCGAACAUAGUUAUUCUUGUAUAAUGCAGUAAUAUCUGCAAAGAGUGGGACUUGUUGCUGAGCAACAGAAAGCUUGCGCUAAAAAACAGAUUACUAUUUAGAGAGCUCCAUGAUCACAAAAAAGCCACAUUCCUCCCAAACAGUUUACCCACUUUUUGUCAUUCUUUUUCACAGCUUAUUGAAACUAUUUCGAAACCUACAAACAUGGUUGAUUGAAGAUGAAAGCAGGGUAGAAAGAUAAGGGACAAUAUGAGGAGUGGUGGCUCUUUCAUAUGGAUUUCAAUUAAUAGUCAUUCAAUCUAUCAGUAUUUCUCCAUUGUUUGUUUGUUGAAAACAGACACACAUCCAUUUGUGUUGUCGAAAGCUUUCAUGGCCAGAAUCACUGGGUUUGCUGUGAGUUUUCUGGACUGCAUGGCCAUAUUCCAGAAGCAUUCUCUCCUGAUGUUUUGCCCAUGUCUGUGGCAGGCAUCCUCAGAGGUUGUGAGGUCUGUUGGAAACUAGGCAAGUGGGGUUUAUCUAUCUGUUGAAUGAUGUCCAAGGUGGGAGAAAGAACUCUUGUCUGUUUGAGGCAAGUGUGUGUGUUGCAUUUGGCAACCUUGAUUAGCAUUGAAUAGCCAUGUAGCUUCAAAGCCUGGCUGCUUCAAGGUUGCCAAAUGCAACAUUCACAUUUGUCUCCAACAGACAAGAGUUCUUUCUCCCACCCUGGACAUUAUUCCACAGAUGUAUCAGCCCCACUUGCCUAGUUUCCAACAGACCUCACAACCUCUAAGGAUGCCUGCCAUAGAUGUGGGCGAAACGUCAGGAGGGAAUGCUUCUGGAACAUGGUCAUACAGUCCAGUAAACUCAUAGCAACACACAUCCAUUUGUAUAUCAAAGCCUACAAAACAGAAAAUUGAGCACAUUAAAUCCCCAUUAAAACCAGGUACUUUGCAAAAUGCGUAUGGCAACUCAUUCCCAAAUAACCUUUGAUGAAAAAUGGCAUUUUUUUCUUUUUUUAAAUUAAAAAAUUCCCUCCUUUUGUAAGCAAAUAUUUUUCUAUUUAGCAACCAGACCCUUCAUAGCAAGGCAGCAGAUGGUGAAAUUCUAGCUUUUAGAAAACAGGCUUCUGUUUCUAGCUGUUUGGCCUUUAGAUGUAGAUCUAAACCGGUGCAGGACUGCAAUACUGUACUUCUCUGUGCUUCUAGGAGAUAGCUCCAUCGUUUUAAGACGUUUUGUUAAAAAUAGGAAAAAAGACAAAUGAUUUUAUUUUCACAGUCUUCCAUGACCCGAUGGACAAUGGUUUCAAUUAUCAAUUUUUGAGGAAAAAAUAAAAAGGAAUACACAGA